AUGGCUCUAUUCGGUCAGCCGGCAGCCGCCGCCACAAGCUCCACUACAGGUGACACCAGCAAGGACGUCGAGGUGCCCGCCGGCCAAGUACCCAGCGACAGCAUAUCUGACCUCCAAUUCUCGCCGACGAACGAUUUCCUCGCAGUGGGAAGCUGGGACAAGAAGGUCUACAUCUACGAAGUCAACGGCAAUGGUGCGCAAGGAAAGUGGAUGUUCGAAUGCCCAGGUCAUGUUCUUGGUCUGGGAUGGUCAAAGGAUGGUACCCGUAUAGCAGCCGGCGACUCAACAGGCAUGCUCAACAUUGUCGACUUCCGCACUGCCCCCGCCAGCGGCACCGUCCCUGCGCAACAAGCCAAAGCCCACGAGAACGGCAUCAAGUGCGUCCGCUGGUUCCAGACUGGCGGUAAGGACUACGUCGCGACCGGUUCCUGGGACAAGACCGUCAAGUUCUGGGACCUCCAAGGCGCUGAACCAGUCGGUACACUGACGUGUCAGGAGCGUGUCUACAGCAUGGAUAUCAAGGACCAGUUGCUAGUUAUCGCAACCGCCGAGCGCCACAUCCAUAUGGUCAAUCUCUCAAACCCCACAACCAUCUACAAGACCAUCACUAGCCCUCUCAAGUGGCAAACAAGGGUUGUCAGCUGCUUCUCAGACGCGACUGGUUUUGCCGUUGGCUCCAUCGAAGGACGAUGCGCCAUUCAAUACGUCGAAGAGAAGGACACCAGCCUCAACUUCUCUUUCAAGUGCCAUCGCCAACAAGACCCCGCGAACCGUGACAUCGCCAAGGUCCACUCAGUAAACGCCAUAUCCUUCCACCCACAACACGGCACCUUCUCCACCGCAGGCUCCGACGGCACCUUCCACUUCUGGGACAAGGACGCCAAGCACCGCCUCAAAGGAUACCCCGAGGUCGGCGGCAGCAUCGUCGCAACGGGCUUUAGCAAGGACGGCAACAUCUUCGCCUACGCCGUCAGUUACGACUGGAGCAAGGGUUUUGGUGGCAACACCCAAAACUACCCCAUCAAGAUCAAACUUCAUCCCAUUCUAGGGGACGAGUGCAAGCCGAGGCCGGGAAGCAAGAAGAGGUAA